UCACACCGCGUUACGUGGGGUCCUUUCCAGCGAUGCACUUGCUCGCGUUCUCCUUUUCUGACCCAUAGGAUCGUACAUUUUGACUUGCACGCGCUGAUUUGAGUCUGUCAUCACUGCGGACACAUUGCAAUAUGCAGUGAAUCCCUGACGCGAACACUAUGGGUCCAGGUAGCCUACAUCCUAUCCGAAUAUUGCCAUCAUUGGAGAUUUUUCAGCACCAUCCCGAUAUGCGAGGUAUGUGGGAUGUAGAUAAAAGAAGCGCAUGAUGUGGCUUUCCCUCGAGGAUGUUUGCUGAUGGACAGACCUUUGAUUUUAAGACUGACAGUCUUCUGGUAAUAAAAAGAAGAACCUGGAACAUACAAUCAGUUUACCUUCUGGAUAUCAGCAAAUCUGUCAGGCCAGAGUAUGCCAUCUGCACCAACUUACAGAAUCCUACGACCCCUCCUGCUUGGUAUCUUUUUAUUAGGAUGCUUUGUGACUUUGUUUUUAAUGUACAUCAAACCGUCUACGAGCUGGUUGUCAGGCCCGGUCGAGUCAGAAACGUCCACAGCCCGAGUGAAGAGCCUCCUUUCCACCAGAAGUGAACAGAACCAGACCACCAUCCUUGUUUGGCUUUGGCCUUUCGGUGAAACGUACGACCUGAACGUCUGUAGCUCUUUGUUCAAUAUUGAUGGCUGCUUCCUCACUGCCGACCGAAACCUUUACAACAAAUCUGACGCCGUGGUCAUACAUCACAGGGACAUCACCAGCGACCUGUCCAACAUGCCACCUACAUAUCGGCCCACGUUGCAGAGAUGGAUUUGGAUGAACUUCGAAUCACCUUCGCAUUCAUCUCAGUUACCUGGAAUUGAAAACUUGUUUAAUUUGACUCUAAACUAUCGGCGGGAUGCUGAUAUAGAAGUGCCUUAUGGAUCGAUUGUCGGGGCCCAAGGAGAGGAGGACUUCGUGCCACCAAGCAAGAACAAGCUGAUUUGUUGGAUCGUCAGCAAUUGGAACCCAGACCACGUCAGAGUGAAAUACUACAAUGAACUAUACAAGCACAUCGAGGUUCAUGCAUACGGACAAGCAUUUGGGGAGUACAUUUCCGACCAGGACUAUUUCCCUACAAUUGCAAGCUGUAAAUUCUAUUUGGCAUUCGAGAACUCAAUUCACAAAGACUAUAUCACUGAGAAAUUGUACAACCCACUUUCCAUCGGCACUGUACCCGUGGUGCUUGGACCACCAAGGGAGAACUAUCAGAACUUUGUGCAGGGAAAUGCUUUCAUCCACGUUGAUGACUUCCCAUCUCCAAAGGAGCUGGCUGAUUACCUCCUGUUCCUUGAUAAAAAUGAGGAGCUUUACCUGAAGUACUUUGACUGGCGUAAACACUUUAAGGUGAAAAAGGCGUACUUCUGGGCUGAACACACGUGUCUGGCUUGCGAUUACAUUAGAAGGCACAAUGAGUACAAAUCAAUUAACAAUCUUGACAAAUGGUACUGGGGUUAAUCCACAACUGAAACACUGGACCGGCUUAAUGAAAGUUGCUUGACAAUAAGAGCUUCAUGUAACUUCAUGAGGGUUAGUCGUGAGCGCUUACAGACUUUUAUUUUUGUAAAAUGUAAAAAAAGUAGAUGUACAUUUAUUUUGUGUUUGGUUUCAUGUGUUUAUUAAUCUGGAUGCAAAUGA